AUGGUUUUAUCUAAGAUAGAUAUUCCACCGCAAGCCCAACACUUUUUAGAGUGUGGCAUUGAAGAAUGCGAAAGAAACUGUAAGUUCUAUUGCAACAUUUGUCACCAAAGAUUUUGUAAACAAUGCAGCGAGGAACAUCUGAAAAGUCCUGAAAACAAGAACCAUGAGGUGGUUCUUUACCAGCAACGUAAACGACAACUUCCUGUGAAGAAAUGCAGGAUCCAUCUCACUAAAGAUGUGGACAUGUUCUGUGAAGAAUGCCAGGUUCCAUUAUGUUCCAUAUGUGUUGCUCUACCAAUUUACCAUCGGGGACAUGUAUUUUGUGAUCUAGAUCGAGUAUAUGCUGAUAUAUUUGCAAACUUUCAAGAGGAAAUCUACAAAGUCCUGAAGUAUAUUCUGCCUAAAUCACAAUUGUUAAAGCAACAAAUUGAAGAAAAUAUUUCGGAAAUCAAAUAUGCCAUGGUCAAUAUUAUAAGGUCAAUUAGGAACGAAGGCAAAACCCUUAAAAGUCUGGUGGACACUGUCAUAUAUGAGAACAUAGAGCUGUUAGAGAAUUUCCAGGUGGCAUUAUCUAAAAUGGGGUGUAGCAUUGAAAAAUGUGAAGGAAACUGUGAGUUUUAUUGUAACCCUUGCCAUCAAAGAUUGUGCAAACAAUGCAAGGACGUGCAUUUGAAAAGUUCAGAUUACAAGAACCAUGAGGUAGUUCUUUACCAGCAUCGUAAGACACAAAUCCCUUUGAAAAAGUGCAAGAUUCAUCCCACUAAAGAUGUAGACAUGCUCUGUAAAGAAUGCCAAGUUCCAGUAUGUUCCAAAUGUGCUACAGGGGAAGACCACCGGGGGCACAUAUUUCUUGAUAUUUCUGAACUAGAUCCAGUUUAUGCUAAACUUUUUGAAUAUCUUCAAGAGAAAAUCUCAAUAGACCACAUGUACUUCCUACAUGUACAUAUACCCACAUCACAAGAGAAGGAAAAUGAAAAAGAUUCAUCUAAAAUCAAACACAUAAUUGACAAUAUUCGAAAAUCCAUGGAGUCCGAAGGUGAAUAUUUUAAAAUCCUGGUGGACAGAGUCGUAUCUGAGAACUUGGAGCGAUUGGAGCAGAUAGAGCAUUCACUGUUAGAAGACCUAAAAAACCAAGACAAGACCAUUGAUGAUUACAUUAUUUAUCUUAAUAACCUUGUUAAAGAGCUCCGCAGAUGCCUGUCCUCUACAGAACUCCAGAAGUUAAUGUCGGAAAUAAAAAACUCGAAGACCCGACCCAUACCAGAAGUAACAAAACUAGUCACACCUAGUUUUAUCGCUGGUCAAUAUAGCAAAAACGAUAUCAUCCAAUUACUUGUGUUAGAAGAAUUCAUUAAAACUGGAAACUGGAGACCACUCAGUAUACACUCCUCCCACAUCAACGGGGACUUACUGGUGGGGAAAAAAAUACAGAGGGAUGUCAAAGGACAGGAACUGUAUAAUGACCCACACUAUAUCACAGAAAACAUCAAUGGAGAUAUCUGUACAUCAGAUAAAGAGACAUUAGUGGUGGUGAAUAAAUCAGGAGAUCACAUGUUCUCCUACACAGGUCAAGGGUCAAUGUUCCGUCCCUCAGGAAUCUGUAAGAACAAGUGUGAUGAAGAGAAAGUCACUAGAUACCAACAAAACAGGAAAAGAAUUAUCAAAUGGAAAUACAAAAAUGAAAAUGUAGGACAGGAACUGUAUAAUGACCCACACUAUAUCACAGAAAACAUCAAUGGAGAUCAAAACAUUACUAUGGCAUUAUCAAAAGUGGAUAUACCGAACAAAGCCCGACACGUUUUAAAGUGUGGUGUUGAAGAAUGUGAAAACAACUUUGCAUUUUACUGCAAGCCUUGUCAAGAAAGAUUUUGUAAACACUGCAGAGAUGAACAUCAGAAAAUUCCAGAAAACACGAAUCAUGAGGUGGUCUUGUACAAGCAUCGUAAAGGACUACUUCAUUUAGAGAAAUGCAAGAUCCACCCCACUUAA